AUGUGAACAGACGGACGAGUGAACGUCGUCGUUAUCGUCGUUGACGCUCGAACAGAAACAAAAGAACAGAACAAAAACGAAAAGAAAAUUCUUAAGUUAUUUGAAAAACUGAAAGAUAACCAUAAAGUGGGUUCGAAGUGGAUUUUUUGUAAAAAAUAAUCGAAAGAAAGUGUCUAACGAAAAUUCAAAAUUCCAAGGUCGUGAAAACAUUAAAAAAAUCAAUUUCAAAAUGAAAUUUUUCCUUCUACCCCUGCUGCUGCUGGGCAUAAGCUUUUCAUGUGAGGCCCAAUACAUUCCUAGUGGUUAUUAUGGCCCGGUGUCAAAUUAUUUGGUAGCCGAUACUCAAUCGAAUGGAUACUCAUACCCUCCUCCAGAUGUGCCCUUUACUCUACCCCAGAAACCGGGCUAUUCUUAUCCAGUGCCGAAAAUUCCCUUUGAAAUAACAUCUAAACCAACUCCUCCUCAACCUACCAAGGGUUAUACCUACCCCACACCAGCUGUAACAUUUAGUUUACCCACCAAAGGUACGCAGAGACCAACUCAACCACCCCAACCUACCAAGGGUUAUUCAUACCCCACACCAGCUGUAACAUUUAGUUUACCCACCAAAGCUACGCAGAAACCAACUCAGCCACCUCAACCAAGUAGGGGUUAUUCCUACCCCACACCAGCUGUGGAAUUUGUAUUGCCAACCAAAUCAACAAAGAGACCAACUCAGCCACCCCAACCAUCUAAGGGUUACUCAUACCCCACACCAUCUGUGCCCUUUACUCUACCAACCAAAGCUACGCAGAGAUCUACGCAACCACCCCAACCAUCCAAGGGAUAUUCCUACCCCACACCAGCUGUGGCCUUUACUUUACCCUCCAAAACCACGCAAAGGCCAACUCAACCACCCCAACCAUCCAAGGGUUACUCCUACCCCACACCAGCUGUGGCCUUUACUUUACCCCCCAAAACCACGCAGAGACCAACCCAACCACCCCAACCUACCAAGGGUUAUACCUACCCCACACCAGCUGUGACCUUUACUCUACCCACCAAAACUACGCCGAGACCGACCCAACCAAACAAGGGUUAUACCUACCCCACACCAGCUGUGACCUUUACUCUACCCACCAAAACUACGCAGAAACCAACCCAACCAAACAAGGGUUAUACCUACCCCACACCAGCUGUGACCUUUACUUUACCCACCAAAACAACGCAAAGACCAACUCAACCACCCCAACGUACCAAGGGUUAUUCCUACCCCACACCAUCUGUGCCCUUUACUCUACCCACCAAAGCUACGCAGAGAACAACCCAACCACCCAAACCAAACAAGGGUUAUACCUACCCCACACCAUCUGUGCCCUUAACUCUACCCACCAAAACUACGCAGAAACCAACCCAACCACCCCAACCAACUAAGGGUUAUUCCUAUCCCACACCAUCUGUGCCCUUUACUCUACCCACCAAAACUACGCAGAGACCAACCCAACCACCCCAACGUACCAAGGGCUAUACCUACCCCACACCAGCUGUGCCCUUUACUCUGCCCACCAAAACUACGCAGAGACCAACCCAACCACCCCAACGUACCAAGGGCUAUACCUACCCCACACCAGCUGUAACAUUUACUUUACCCACCAAACCCACACAAAGACCAACUCAACCACCCCAACCAAAUAAGGGCUACACCUACCCCACACCUGCAAACAAGUUGGUAUUGCCAACACAAAAACCACAAGGUUAUUCAUAUCCCCGUCCCGCCAUUCCCUUCAACUUCUAAGACCACUGCCACCAGAGCAAACCGAUCAGGACCACAUCAAAAAUUGUGAUUAUUUAGCCCGAUAAUUUGGAUGCUCGAAUUAUAGGCUAUUUUAUAUAAUUUCAUAUUUAGUUUUAGGUUUGUUAUUUGUUUGCCCCUCCAACCGUUAGUGUUGUACAAUUAACGGGUAACCGUUUUAGACUGUGCUUCAGCAUUGACGAGAUGCACAUGUUCGCUCGACGUACAUUAAACGAAUAAAGAGAAUAGUCAUUAACUAUAAAUAAAGUAAUAAAUUAAAAAAACAAA